AUGGUGUGGGUAUCGCUGACAGGCAGAACCUGGGCACAGAGUGUCCUGAGGUGCACACCAGUCCAGACCCAUGGACGGGAGCCCUUGACAUGCCCUGCCCGGGUGCAGCCUCACAGGCCCCUGUCCUCACUGCUCCCUCCAGCCUGCCCAUCCUCCCCGACCAGGUCAGCUGCCACCCCACCCUCGUGCUGCGGCACCCACCCUUGGCGGGGCUUGCGCUGUCUCUGUGUCUCACGCACUUUCUGGAUCUUGCUUUCUAGUGGCGAUGGUUUCAUCUCCAAUCCAAGAAAUUACUUCUCGCAGUGCCAGGCUCUGCUGAAUAAAAUUAAGUCUGUGAACUCUCAGACAGAAAUCGAUGGGCUGCGGAACAUCUGGAUUAUAAAGCCUGCAGCCAAGUCCCGGGGCCGGGACAUAGUGUGCAUGGAUCGCAUGGAGGACAUCCUGGCACUGGUGGCUGCCGACCGCCCAUCCUCCCGGGACAAUAGGUGGGUGGCGCAGAAGUACAUCGAGACGCCGCUGCUGAUCUACGACACCAAGUUUGACAUCAGGCAGUGGUUCCUGGUCACUGACUGGAACCCCCUGACCAUCUGGUUCUACAAGGAGAGCUAUCUGCGCUUCUCCACACAGUGCUUCUCCCUGGACAGCCUGGACAGGCUGUCUGUGCAGAAGUGGCCCGGGGACCCUGGCCCCACCCUGGGCCACUUCUCCAGGCCUCAGGCUGUCUACCCUCCGUCUGAACAACAGGGACAGCGAGGUGGGGAAGCCAGUACCCUGAUGCCCCAGUGGGUGGUCCUGGACGGUGGGCUCCUCCUCCCUUCACCUUCAAGGUGCCACAGUGCAGGUCCCUCCAGCCACCACUGGCCUCACAGACACCCUGCCUGCAGCGCCAUCCAGAAGCACCUCCCGAGUGAAAAGGGCCGCAGCCCACUGCUGCCCAGCCACAACAUGUGGAGCAGCACACGGUUCCAGGAGCACCCGCAGGCCCAGGGCCACGGGCCCACGUGGGGCAGGCUCAUCUAGCCACCCAUGAAGAGGGCCGUCACGCACGCCAUGAAGGUGGCCCAGUGCCAUGUGGAGCCUUGAAGAAACAGCUUUGACCUCUAUGGUGCUGACUUCGUCCCGAGCCGAGACUUCAGGCCCUGGCUCAUCGAGAUCAACUCCAGCCCCACCGUGUACCCGUCAACACCUGUCGCAGCCCAGCUGUGCGCCCAGGUGCAGGAAGACACCAUCAAGGUCACAGUGGACCGCAGGCUCGACCGCUCCUGUGACAUUGGCAACCUCAAGCUUCUGUGGUGGCAGCCCGCCGUGGAGCUGCCACCUCUCAGCGUGUCUGACCUCUGCGUGGAAGGCGUCGGCAUGAGGAGGGCCAAGAGGCAGAUGCCACCCGUUCCCACUGUCAGAGUCUCAGCAUCACUCCCAGAGGUUCAGAUGCUUAAAGUGCCUCACCCCUCAGCCAUGCUGGACCCGGUGGGCAGACCCCCUCGAACCCCUGUCCCUCAGGAUGGGACCCCGGGGGACAGAAAGGUGCCUGUGCCCCUGGGGCCUGCCGCAGGUGAGAGGGGAUAUGGAGUGAGGCACAGCCAUGCUGAACCCCACAAGAAACAGGCACACGCUGCCUGCAGCUGGCAGCCCAUGGACCCUAGGGGCCUGAGCAGCAUCCUAGCCAAGGCUCAGCCCACCCGACACACAGCUCUGGACUUGCCAAGUGUGCAGCCCCUGGUGCCCGUGCCUCAGAGACUGAGGAUGGUAGCCGGUGCUCUGCAUGGGCUGCCCCCGGCACCAGGAAGGCCCGGGACCAUCCUCCCCUUCAGCCCUGAACCCUUACUCGGUGCAGGGAGACACCCUUUUUCCAGCCCUAGGACAACUGGGGAGAAGCUGCCAGGGGCUGGGGCCCCGAGUGACCCCACUUUGUGCCUCGUGUGUAACGGCUCAUCUGCCCUGCAAGCGCUGCGGCUCCUUCUCCGUCGCCAUCCUUCAGGGCUCCUGCUUCGUGCGGCUCGGGACGCUCGGGGUGACGAGGACCGUGACUGGACCGCAGUGAGCCCGAGGCCCUCGGUGGCCGCUCGUGGAGGCGGACCAUGUACCCAGAGCUAUUUUAGAGAAAUUGCACGGUCUCCGCCGUGGUGUUCAUAGGACGUGCGUCCCGCUCCCCACCCUGGCUCUGUCCCUGCUCUGUCCAUGCUCUUGUCCUUGUCCCCGUUCCCUGUCGCUGUCCCUGUCCCUGUCCCAGACACCACAGCCCGGGACAAGCCCCUCCUCGCUGGCUGCCGCCCUGGCCCCAGCCCCAGCGGCCUUGCAGGACCCUGGCUCGUCUGUGUACUCACGUGUUGAGCAAAUCUGGCCGUGCUGAUCUUGACCCCCUCCAAGGGGGAGGAAGGGGCCACCCCCAAAGUGGACCCCUUGGUUCCAUGACUGCUAGACCCCUGGCCAUGGUGGUCAGUGAGCCAGGCAAGUGGGGUCCACCUGGAGAUGCGAGUGUGGGCAGAGCCCCAGGCCUCUCUGGCCUUGGGUGCCCAGUGGCUGGCACCAGCCCUGGACAGGGCAUCUGCGGAGUGACCAGGACUGCCUCUCUGGGCCCUGGAAGGUCUGUGGUGGCCAGAGUGUGUCCCUGGGAGUUCCCAUGUGGACACUGGUCCCAGAGGCAGGUGUGGAGAGUGGGCCUCUAGGGAACCUGUGAUGGGUAGCUCUAUCCCGCUCACUGGGCCCUCUCAGGGUGGCCCCUGCAUUGCAUGCUCCCCAGGGUGGCCGUGUCAUGCCUCUGCAGUCCUGACACAGCUCAGGUCACCUCAGACAUUGGUCCAUGCUCUGGCCUCUCAGCCUUCAGAACAACGAGCCAAAUAAAACUCUCUUCUUUGUAA